ACUUGAAGUAGAAAAUCUCAAACCUAACAGUCAAAACUACCCGUCUCAUACUACCUUCCUUCUCUACCCUCAUACAUACCAAAACUAUUUUCAUAGAGAGCUUCUCCAUUUUAACACACACACACACACUCUUUAGUUGCAGUGACUCAUCUCAUCCAUAUGAUGUUAGAGUGGUAUGACUUUGUAUGUAUUGGCAUCGUUGGAUGUUCCAUCCUCAGUGCCUUAUAUGUACUAUGGAUAAACGAAGGACCCUCUUCCUCUCAGUCCGAUUUUGAUAUUUUGGUUAACACCCUUCUGGAGGCUUCACCCUCACCAGACAAUAGAGUGAUCAUAGGUCAUGUCACCACUUCCCAACUAUGGACAAGCUGUUGGAGAGGAGUUCAUCCUCUGGUGUUGUUAGCUACACGUUUCAUUUCUCUUGUCAGCAUGGUUGUGCUAUUAUCAUUCGAUCUUCACGAAUACGACGCAACCAUCUUUUACUACUAUACAGAGUGGACUUUCACAUUAGUAAUGAUUUAUUUUGCAUUGGGGACAACAGUAUCUGCAUAUGGAUGUUGGAAGUUGUUGAACAAAUCUCCUCCGGUUCAAAAUGGAUUUCUGAGAAGAGAUUUGGAAACAAAAAGUUUCACCAGUUUGCAAAGCAGGUAUGUUGAUGAGAAGUUUGAACAAGCAGCAGGUUUCUGGGGUUACCUCAUGCAAAUUACCUACCAGACUAGUGCAGGAGCUGUGAUCUUAACAGACAUUGUAUUUUGGUGUGUAAUUGUCCCAUUCUUGUCCAUUUCUCGUUUUAAAUUAAACAUGUUGAUGGGUUGCAUGCAUACUUUGAAUGUAGUUUUCCUUCUUUUGGAUACAAUGCUGAAUAAUCUUUCUUUUCCAUGGUUUAGAAUUGCAUACUUUGUGCUAUGGAGCUGCUCAUAUGUUAUAUUCCAAUGGGUUAUACAUGCAUGUGGUUUCAGAUGGUGGCCUUAUCCAUUUCUCGAGCUUAAUACGCCAUGGUGUUCCCUAUGGUAUAUCUGCAUGGCGAUAGCUCACAUACCCUGCUACGGCAUCUAUUCAUUGAUAGUGAAAGCGAAAAUUGAUAUUCUUCCGAGAUUCUUCCCUCAUGCCUUCUUGAAGUCAUACUAGUUUAGUUGUCGCUAUAGUUUUAAAUUUCAAUUUGCAAAAUGCGGACAAAUGGAGUCAUAAUUAAGAUUGUGAUGCCGUUGCAAAGAAAUGCAAAACUGUUAUAACUUAUAACUAUAGUGGGCAUGUGAAAUAGAAGAAAAGUACAAAUGGCUUGUUCACAUCUAUUGGAAAACCAA